AACAAUGAAUGAGUUCCUUUCUGCGAAGGAAAACGAUCAUAAGCACGUAUCACCUGUUGCAUCAAGUGUACACUCACAUUAGGGCGUAGGUUAAUCGCUUUACUAUAUUUUUUAAUCUUGUCGCGUACGAAUGUUACAUUCAGUCUGUCGAAGAAUAAAAAUGGCGUUGCUGUUCUGGGUAGUUGUUCUUGUUUAUAACUGCGGAAUUGCUGUUUCCAGAAAUAUAGAUGUUCCCGAAUGCGAACCCCCAGACUAUCCCCAGUGGGGAGGUUACGGACCAAGGCAAGACGUUUAUUUGGCCGGUGAUGUCAUCCAUUACUACUGUGAUACGGACACUUAUAUAGGAGGUAAUUUCUACCGAAGAUGUGAGGAUACUGGGGACUGGAUCGGCAAUACACCUGUUUGCGAUUCACCUUCUUCGUUCUCCUUCGUCAACCAAACGACGACGGCCGAACCCACCGAUAUGAAUGAUGCCGAAAAGGCCACAGAUGCCCUUAGGAAUACGUGCACUAGCACGAAAGAAGGUGCUGACAACUACUGGAUGGGAUUGUUGACCACACCAGGACAGCUAUUUAGAGUGAUGAUAUUCUUGCCGAAAGUUAAUGUAGCAUAUGAAGUUCUGAUGCUAAAACAGAACGGCCAAGAAUUCAGCUGUGGGAAGAAAGAAGGUUUUGUUGACAAUUUGAAUUGGGAAUUUCACAACUGUCCAGAGCCGCAGAAUACUGAUGUGAUUGGCAUUAAAAUCAGAUCGCUGAAUUCUGAACCUUUGCAGCUUUGUGAAGUAGUGGCCAACACACUCACAUUUCCCACCUGCAUUGAUCCCCAUUUGAGGAUUGAGAAUGGUAGGCUGCAGUUGAAUCGCAAGACGGCCACCCUGGUGUGCGAUGCCGGAUAUACUCGAAGCCCUUCGAAUCGAAUCGAAUGCGUUAGAACGGGAAUCUGGAACAGAAAGAAUCUCUACUGUUUGGACUUUCAAUCAAUUUGCCAGUCUUCAGAUUUACGCCAAUAAUAUUUUAAAGACAGUGGGAAACUGGAAACAACGAUAGGAUAUCAGAUGCAGAUCCAUAAUUACUUAUAUAUAGUUGUAGAGUCUGAAGAAGAGUUAUCGAAACCAAGAAAAAAAAGACAGAGGCGGAUACUUUUCAAACUAUAUUUAUUAUGAUUGCUGUAAAAAUUAACGUUAAAUGUGUUGUAUUAAAAACAACAGUUAAUAAAAAUUUGCACGAUGUUUUAAA